UCGGAUCGCGCGAUUGGGAGAGGAUUCCUAACCUCGUGCACGUUCUCCUCUCUCUUUCUCUCUCUCUCUCUCUCUCUCUUCCUCUUUCGUCCACUAUUCUAUUUCCGUCUCGCAUUGCUCCUUUUCCUUCCUACCUUCGGUCCGUCCCUCUCGUCGUUCGGCAACAGGUUUGAAUUUAUGGGACAAUAAAGAGUGCGGUGCGUAGUGCGCGCGUGUUUCCUCUCUCUUUCUCGCCGCAGAGGGACGGAGAGACAACGAGAGAGAGAGAAAGAGAGAGAAAGAGAGAGAGAGAGAGGGUCUCCUCCGUCUGCGAAGAACAGCGCGGCGGAGACUAUCAAACUCUCAUAAAACUGUCAGCCGCGGCCGGCCGGCCUGACUUAUGCGCGCCCCUUCUCCCAUCCGGAAGUGGAUCGACGACAGAAGUGCUCCCUCUCUCCCUCCCCCCUCCCCUCUCAUUAUCCCUACGAUUUCACCUCCUCGAAGAUCUCGCGGAAAUAAUAAUAAUAAUAAUAAUAAUAAUAAUAAUAAUAAUAAUAAUAAUAUAUAAAUUCGGAAGGAGAAGUAAUCGGGAAAAACAGGACGCAGGAAGUUCCAGGCGGAGGUUCCAAAGCGAUCGCUUUGAGAACGGGGAACCACCUCUUUCUCUUCCUUCUUUUCACGAGGGUGUACGAGGCGGAAGGGGGCGCGUGCGCGCGUUGCCCCCUCGCGGAGACGGCAAACGGAAGACUGUUUCUCGGUGACGUUGCGUUUUACAAGGUUGAAGGAAAAGAGAGAAGCGGAGAGGAGAGAGAGCGAGAGAAAGAGAGAGAGAGAGGGGGGGGGGAGAUCCUCGCCCCACCACAACCACCACCAUCGUGGCUCCCGAAUAUCUCUCCAUUAGCCCCCCUGACGGUGCUAUCCCCUCUCUGUGACCCCUGUGUCUCGCUCGCGCACCCCUCUCGUCGCCUCCUGUCACGUCGGCCAGCGGCACACGGGCACCAGCGCCGGCAGCACCGCCACACAAACCCGUCGGAGACGUAAGGAACGGGGUUGAAGAAUCCUACGCCGGCGGAGAGACCAAUCAAGGUUUGACGAACGACGGGGAUUGGUCGAGGCGCUCCUCUGACACGCAGAGAGCGCGGGCACGUGACAAGCUACCGCACACACACCGUUGGGGCCUCCGUUGGAUCGUGGCGAGGCCUUCAGUACGAUACCAACCACCCUCCGCGCACGCAACAGGGACACGAGCCGCGGCAAUAAAGCUUCACCCCCCUGAUGCGAGGAGGUGAUACCGGUGCACGAAGAGACCGAUUAUUUUCCUCGUUCGACUUUGUUUCGCAAGCGAGCAACAACAACAACGACGAUCGCAGUUUUUUCUUCGAGGCGUUCGGUUUACUCGCGGAUCUCGCUGUUCUCGAAGGGAUUAUAAUAAAACGAUAGACACGACGGGACACACAAGUGAAGGAUAAUAUAAGAGGGAAUAAGAGAGAAGUGCAUGGGGGUCUCGUCUUCAAUGGGGCGACCCGAUAAGCCGGCCGUUACGCGCUACUGCACGCUGCCUCGACGAGUUCUCUGUAGGUUUCGUGUUUGUACAACGAGCACAAGUGUGAACACAAGGAGAAUAGAGCCUACUCUAAGUUCAGUUCAGUUGUGUGACAUGUUCGACUACCGUACGCGGUUAUUAUCCUCGUCGUGAGAUCGACACAGGGAUGGCAUAGUCCGUUUGAAACGACGUUUUCGUGUGCGCGCGUUUUACCUUCUCGCCGAGAAGAAUCGAAGGAAAGAAGAGAAAUAAGAGAAGAAAACGGAGUGUUGUUCGAUCUUUUUGUGGAAGAAGAACAAGGAAACCCUUGCCGCGUUUGUGUCUCUCCCUCUCUCUCUCUCUCUCCCUCUCCCCGGUGAACCAUGAGCUCCUAUCAGUUCGUCAACUCUCUGGCGUCGUGCUACGCGGGCCAACAGGCCCAGCAGCAGCCACGGGCCACCGCCAACUCGCCCGGGGAGCCGUUGCAGGCCGCCUCGCCCGCCGGUGGCGAUUAUUACAACCCGAACGCGGCCACGACCAGCUACCCGGCCCCGUGCUACUCGCCCCAGCAACACUAUCCUCAGCACCCGUACGCGACCCCCGCGUCGGGCAUGCAACACACCGCCCCCACGGGCAUGAUAGACUACACGCAGUUGCAGCCCCAGCCCCGGCUGAGCGCGGCGGCAACCACGCACAGUUUGCACCAGCAGGCGCAGCAACAGCACCAUCCGCAACAGCACCAUCCCCAGCAGCAGCAGCAGCAGCAACAGCUCCACCAGGACCCGACCGCGCCGCUUCUCCAGGCGGCGUCGGCACCGUCCGCGCCCUCCGCCUCCAGCUGCAAGUACGCCGACUCCACAGGCUCGACCGGCGUCGCGUCGCCCCAAGAUCUGACCACGUCCACCUCGAGGAACAGUCCCACGCCGCUUGUCGCGGCCGGCACCAGCAAGGCGGUGGGCACCGCGGGCCUCACCUCGCCACCGGGGGCCUCCUCGAGGUCCUCGGUCGCGGCGUCCGCCGCCGCCUCGCCCGCCAGCGGCAGCUCCAGGCCCCAGGAGGGUAGUUCCGCCCUCACCACGGCCUCCUCCGCCUCCUCGCCCGCCUCCUCCACCUCGAGCACCUCCAGCACCGGCAACAACUCGUCCAACAAGAACAAUCCAACGGGGAACGAGCCGCCCAAGAUUUACUCGUGGAUGAAGAGGGUGCACAUCGGCCAGAGCACGGUGAACGCGAACGGCGAGGUGAAACGGCAAAGGACGUCCUACACCAGGUACCAGACGUUGGAGCUCGAGAAGGAGUUCCACUUCAACCGAUACCUGACCAGGCGGCGUCGCAUCGAGAUCGCGCACGCCCUCUGCCUUACGGAGCGGCAGAUCAAGAUCUGGUUCCAGAAUCGGCGGAUGAAGUGGAAAAAGGAGCACAAGAUGGCGAGCAUGAACAUUGUACCGUACCACAUGUCGCCUUACGGCCACCCUUACCAGUUCGCGCCCCACCCAGGCCAGUUCGCACACUUGGCCACAUAGGACGAGUUCUCGCCCGCCGAGCUCGGAGCACACGCUGUCCGGUUCCCCGGGAUGUACGGCGAGCAGAACUUCUAAAAAGGCUUUCCCCCACACCCACCCCUCCCCACCCCUCCCCCUCCCCCCGGCCUUGGCCAUCGUCACGAUCGGGGACACGAUUCGUAACAGGUCUUGCUCGGUGACUCAGGCCGGCCCGGGACACACACUUCACUUCCAGUAGGACACACGUGGCGGAGGAGGCCCGCGAUCUCUGGGCAUAGGCCGCCGAUAGGACCCGUCACUCGUCAACGUCACUCGUAGAAUUCAUAUUCCUCCUCCUCUUCUUUCUUUUUUUUUUUUUUUUUUUUUGCUCUCUCUUUCUUCUUCGUCCACACACUUUUUUCUUUGCUCCAGUUUGAACGAGCAAUAUGUUAUGUAAUAUAUUUAAUUUCGUCGGUUAAUGUUUUUAUCUUAUGUUGGAAUUUUUUUUUUCAACAUUGUUCCAGUUUGUAACAAUCAGAUUAGACGAUGGAAGACGUGACACAAUUCGGUUCCACAAUUUGAUGAUAAAAAUUUUCUCUCUCUCUCUCUCUCCUUCCUAUCUCAUCCUUUACUUUUUUUUCGACUCGAAGAAAUCUCGAAAAUUUUGUUGGAGAUUGUUUCCAUUAUCGAUAUGUUCAUCGUCCAUCGGCCAUCCGAGCCUGUGUCCACAUUCGCGGGAUGGUAUUCCGUCACGGUAUAACUAUUGUUGAAGUUGAAGGGGAAGCCGAGAAGAAGAAGAAAAAAAAAAAAGAAAUUUUCUGCAAAGCAAAGCCGUGCGCCCGAUUAAAUGGACUGGACGCGCUCCGAGGGGCUCUCUCGCCGCGCGGUUAAAUUAUAAAGCGUAACCCGAACGCGGACGGGAAGCCACCUCAGCGGGUGAGAUAAAACCGAAUCAGUAGUUUUUAAGGGCUUAGAAAUUAUAGCGGUCUAAAGUGAUUAAUUAAUUGAGCGAGUAAUUAAUUAAUUAUCUUGUCCGGCCGCGUCUAUCGUUUUCGCAUCUUUUGGAUCUAUCCAAAAGAGGACGACACCCUCCUCUUCGUCCCCCUCCCCUCCCCUCUACACUUCACUCCCUUACGCACAAACAUACGUAUAUUUCCCCCGUAUAUUUCGAAACCGAAUGGAAAAAAAAAAGAAGAAGAAGAAGAAGAAAAGAGAAAGAGAAAAAGGAAAAGAAGGAACGCGGCUACGACUUGUACUUACAUUACUUAACUUUGCGUUCCUUCUUCCAUCUCUUCUCUUCUCUUCUCUUCUCUUCUCUUCUCUUCUCUUCUCCUCCUCUUCUUUCGCUCGUUCUCGAGAAGAAAAAAAAAAUCUAUCUCCUCCCCUCCUUCCCCUCCCCUCCCUUCCCCUUCUCUCCCUCUUCCUCCCUCCCCCUCUGCGGGGGAUUCACCGGCCGGACGAAUCGACGAACGACGCAGUCUCCACAGACCGGUGGAACCGUCUGUUUCUAUGUGCACGUUAAAGUCUCUCUACUUACCUACGUAGUACGUAAGGUGCCUAUUAAUAAACACACGAUCCAUACUUCGCCGCCGUUUUUUCGAUAGAGGCCCGCCUGAUACUUUUACUAAACUUUUACUCGCGAAAAUCGAAGCGUAUAUGAUGAUGCCGUCGCAAUUUUAUAUAGCUGGAUAGACGAUACAGAUGCCUAUUCUUUUUUUUUCUCCCCCCUCCUUUCACGCCGCGGUUAAGCCAAAUCGAAUAGGAGAGCACUUUCGUCGUCGUUUCAUUUAUCACGUACGAUAUACAUGCGCACGUAAUAUAUAUUACGCGGUACUUACUUAUAUAUAUAUGUUCCUCCUUUUUCUAACGUUAUUUUUUCUUUUUUUUUUUUUUUUUUAUUCCUUAAAGGUACGUGACAUUUUCGAUAGGGGAUUAAGCAGAGCAAGCUGUUUGUUGUAAAUACCGCAGUUCGUAUCUUCUCAACAGAAACAAUGAUUAAUCAGAAACAAUUAAAUCGUUAAAUCGUUCUUACGGAUAGCUGUUCGAUGGAUUCGCAAUUCUUGCGUCGAACACAAUUUUGGUAGAAAGUCUCGUUGCUCUCUUGUGGAAUUCUCGCGUUUAAUUAUUAAAUUACACACGGUACAAUUCUUUUUUUUUUUUUUCCCUUGAAUUGUACAGGAAUUAAACAAUGUAUAACGUCACUUUUUGUCCAGAGAGGAUAGAGGAAGAUUUUUCGAUCAGCUUUUUUGCGAAAGGUACGCGUCGCGUCCGCGCAUGCGCCUCCCGUCUGGUUGCGCAUUCGCGACUGCGCAUCACGACGCGCAAUACGAAAAGGAAAGAAUAAGAACGAGAAAAACGAGCAAUCUUUUCCGAGCGAGAGGAGGAUGAGAAAGGAAGAAGGAAAUAGAAUCUAAUCGAAUAAAAAAGCAAACGUUUAAAUGAAUUUAGAUAAUGUGUUCGUGGCGCGUGCGUUAUAAUAAUUGGUUUUAUCUUGUGAUACCGAAGACUCGGAAGAAAGAAAGAAAAAAAAAAAAAAAAGAAAAGAAAAGAAGGAAAGGUAUAAUAAUUAAACCUCGAGAAUAAAAAUAAAAAUAAUAAAUCGCUCUAGCAGUCGUUCUCGUGCUUAAAUAAAAGAUGUCGUGAACUGCGUAAAAUUUUAUGCGAGGCAAAUUCGGAAGAAUACA